GCCGCUCGGGAUCAUCCUGCCGCGCUCCCCACCGUGCCUCAGCGCGGCGCGGCCCCGCCCGGCGCGAAGGCGGCGGGACCGGCCCCCGGCGGGGCGGGACCGGGCCGGGCCAUGGCGAGCGGGGCGCGGGGCGCCUGGAGCGAGUGGCCCGUGGAUCACUUCCUGCGCACCGGGCACAUCGCGGCCAGGGACGGGGCCGCCGUGCGCUGGUUCCACGCCGCCAACAGCAGGGCCCGGGCGGCGGAGGCCGCGCGAAGCGACGUGCACAUGGUGGAGGUGGAUGUGGUGCUUCGGGGAGGGGACGGGGAGCCCAUCCUGGCUCACCCCCCCGACACCGACAGCGACAUCACCCUGCAGGAGUGGCUGGCACAGAUGGGCAGCACCAGCAAGGGCAUCAAGCUCGACUUCAAGAGCCUGGCCGCCGUGGGACCGUCUCUGGAGCUGCUGGGGCAGGCGGGGCAGUGCCUGGACGCGCCCGUGUGGCUGAACGGGGACAUCCUGCCGGGGCCCCGCGGGGGCUGCGCGCCGCUGGACGCCCGCGCCUUCCUGGGCGCCGUCACCUCCUCCUGCCCCGAGGCCACCCUGUCCCUGGGCUGGACCACGGGCUGCCACCGAGGCCAAGGCUACGAGUGGCCCUUGGUGCAGGAGAUGUGGCGGCUGUGCCACCCGCUGUCGCAGCCGGUGACGUUCGCCGUCAGGGCUGCGCUGGUGCCCGGCUCCGUCCCGCAGCUGCAGUGGCUGCUGCAGCAGUGCCACAGGUACAGCCUCACUGUUUGGACAGGAAAGGAGGACAUGUAUUCUGUAGACGACUUGCUUCUCAUCCGAGACAAUUUUGAUAAAAGUAGGGUUUACUAUGACAUUUUUGAGCCACAAAACUCUGAAUUCAAAAAAGCCAUUGGAAUGGAACAGUAAAUGCAAAGCAGGCAAUGCCUGACCCUCUAGUGCUUUAUACUGUAAACCCCUUUAACUGUGAGGAUUUUUUAUUCCAAGCAAUGCAGUUUCCUUGCCAGAAGGACCGUGUGGAGCACGCCUGUGCAACUGGGGCAGGUUUUGUUUGGCACUGUGUAGAAGGGCCCCUCAGGCAGAGUGCAGUGCCUUCCUCCUUGUCCCUGCUCAUGGCAUGGGACUCGUGGUGCCACACUCCAGGAGGGGACGGUGGCACUGCCAGCUGCUCUGCCCGUGGUCACUGUGCCACGGCCAGGGAGCAGCCCUGGCUGCUGCUGCGAGCUGGGCUGGCUGUGGCAGCAGUGGCAGAGCUGUCCCCACACCUGGGCUGUCCCCAGGGCUGCAGGGAUGCUCCCCAGACUUGCAGGGACAUUCCCCAGGGCUGUCCCCAGACCUGCAGGGACAUUCCCCAGGGCUGUCCCCGGGUGAUGGCAGCUGGGCUCAGCCCUCACUGGGCCUAUGCAGUCCUGCAGCUCUCAGAGUUCUCCACAGUGGAAGUGUCCUGCAAUAAAAGCCCAACCCCUGCAGGAAGAGCCUGACCUGGUUCUUUGACAUCAUUUAUUGCCUCUUUUGCUGCUGCAGUUCCCCAGAAUUCACACAGACUGAGACACUGGCCCCGUGGAAUCGGCUUCUGCCAAACACCACAAACAGUACCAGAAAAACCAAAACACAAUCACAUCUAGGACAUUUUAGCUUCUGAAUCUCAGCUACUGCCCCAAGAAGCCUUACUUGGUCAACUUUUUGUCCUCCUUUUCCCGUUCCUCUCACGUGGUUCCUAUGGGAAUUUUAUUAACUCACCUGUUAACCUAACAGACAGUGUAGACAACAUUUUACAAGCUUUAGUACUAAAGUAAAUUACAGUACUUUUGGCUCUUACAUGGCGUUGAUACAGCUGUGAUAGAAAAGGUAGCUGCAUUUCUUAAUGCUGAAUCUUGAAUUACCGUGAUCUCACAUUAAAAUUCAAGACUCCCUUCUGUUACCCACAACUCCUUUGAGAGAUUUAUCUAAUAGUUGUUUUCUGUUAUUGAGGGGUAGGGCUUUCUUCAUUUUGGCCAUCUACUGAGGUGUGCUGGGCUAAAAUUGGGAACUAAUUUUUCCACAUAAGAAAGAAAAUGACCUGAUUUUGGGAUAGCUAAACAGAGUACUUGAUUUAAUUUAAUCACUCACAAAGUGAGUGCCAGUAACUGCCAAAGGGUCAGGCUUGGCUGUGUGAUUUCUACAGUGAGUUAGGAGAAACGAUUCAUUUUUCAGUUGUGGUUUGUUGCAGGCAGUUGCAUUCAUUGAUUUGCAGGAUUUCAUCUCUCAGUGGUAGGCCUCUUUGGGACCACAGGGACACAUUUUUCUGCUGCUUAGAAAUCUUCCCCCUGACCAGUUCCCACCUGAAGUACUGGGAUUUGUUAAAACUCAUUAAACUAUUAAGUAAAAAACAUCAGCAAUUGCCAGAAGUAUUUUUAAGGAAGAAGUACACCUGAGCAAUAUCUGUGGAUGUCAGUAAACAGGAUAAUCAGGUAAAAUUAAAGAAGACAUCAUCUGGAUUACCAGGAAAUGGCUAUGUGGUGAAUAUUAUUAUUCUGUAUGGGUUAAUCUAUAUAUAUGAAUUUCUGUAAGUAAUUUUACCUGCGUAUCUUUGCUAGUCCCCUGUGAAGUUGUUUAUGACAGUUUAGUCUGACUUGCACAUAAAUAAAUUAAUUUGAUUUGGUU